UCUUCGAUUUCCAGCCAUGACUGACUUCGAUGCUGCAUCCGCACUUCUGAUGCUGAGUUCCGGAUAUCAGCAAUAUAAGAAUGAGAACAACAAUAUUCGUACAGUGCUAAAAACCGUCAACUCCACAACAGCCAACAACAGCUCAGCAGCUUCAUCUCCAGUGAAAAAACGCGAGCGAAAGAACGGAUCGCCCAAACAACGGAUUACUGCUGUAUCACAAUCGCCACCGUUCUCCAUUGCAGCUGUACACGAAAACGUCAGCCAGAAGGAACUGUUUGUUCGAUUGAUCGACUCUGGAAUGCAAAAGAAGAAAAACACCCGUACUACAUCGAUCAGAAUGGAUUCAUCGUCACCGGAAAUGGAGAAAUGGGAUAGCAGCGGCAGUACCUUAUCCCCCACGCUAGAACUGCAUCAGAAUGUGACGUCUACUGCCAGAAAUGUUCCCUCAAUGCUGUACGCAAGUCCCGAUAUGAAUGGGUUCGCAUUGAUGCUGAAAUCGAACGGCAACCAGUACACUAGCUCCCCGGACAUUCCAUCCGGGGUGGUCGGUGGUGGUAUGCUUUCGAAAGGAAGUAAUAAAAAACGGUUUCUGGAUAAUGAUCUGGUUGAUGAGGAGGACGAGGAUGAAGGCGCUAUUGCGAUGGUCGUAACGGCCGACAAACCAGCACGAUCUCCUUCAGAUUCUGGUGUUUCAUCGAUUCUCGACGAACUGCAACGACCGGUACUGCAGCGCUGGAGCGCUGGAGAUAGGGGUGAGAUAGACACGGCAGUGCCGGCCAGUGUGCAGAUGGAGUUGGACAAAAUUAACGAAAUAUCCGCCUACAAUAAGGACAUCUACACCAAAUCAAAGUUGGCCUGCUUUCCACUGGAAAUGACUUUCAACCCGGCUAAGUCUCGCAUACGGAAGAAAUGCUCGAACGAAAUCGACGAUCAGGAACGCAUCAAGAACAACGAAGCAUCGCGUCGAUCGCGCCACAAGAAGAAGCUCAUUACGCACAUGCUCAACAUUAACCUCGAGUUCGAUCGCAUGGAAAACCGGAAACUGUACAUGGAGGAACGCCGGUUGACCGAUAUCAUUAUGGAGCUGGAGGAAAAGGCGCUCAACCGUGGAAUCGAUGCGCAGGUGGUUCAACAUUUGCGAUCCUCGUGCGGAUUUCAGUGAGUA